GCACGUGGCUACGUCAUGGAAAGCCAGUCUUUUCAAUGCAAACUUCAACUCCUCCUCCUCCUCCCUCUAAUGCCUGUAACUCACUGCCGAGGCUGGGCAAGGGAUCCGGAGGGGAGAUUUUCCUCAUGCUCACGGCGGCAGGAGACUGGAAGAAAGGGUGUAAGGAAGGAAGAAGGAGAUUUGUGGCGCUUUCUACCUACUACGAGACUGAAAAGGGGAGGGGGCACCUACAGCACAUCUCUUCGUGAUUGAGAACUGCAGGUUCAGUCCGAUCCUACGGAGCUCUGGUGAUUGCUUAUUUAAAAUUAAAAAAAGAAAGAAAGAAAGAAAAGAAAAGAAAAAAGGAAAAUUGACCGCGGGAGAAGGAGGUUCAGUCUUUGGCAGCCAGACCCAUAUCGGAGGUGGUAUUGGUGUGUGAGUGUGUAUGGUGGUGGUUUGCUUUUUCUUUCUUUCUUUUCUUUCUUCCUUUUUCUUUCUUUCUUUCUUUUUUCUUUUUCUUUUUCUUCUUUCCUAGGGGCUACACAAUGGCAGUCUUCUGUCUCUAAGAUGAAUCCGGCUUGCCUUCUGCAGAUCCGCCCAUCCUCAGUUCCAUUGAGUAAAAGGCUAUGAUUUUCUCUUUGGGGAUCUUUUGUGCAUCACUGUUCUCCCUGCUUAGUUCUGGUCUCGGUUGGGAUUUCUUUGCUUUUUUUGGUUUUGCUUCAUGUGAAAACGGAUUUUUUUCUCUCCAACCCUUUGGUCAUGAUCCAGUGGUGAUCAAGAGGGGAUAAAUCAUUCACCCUGGCCGAGAAAAAACAAUCGCUGAGAAGUCGCAAAGAAAAAUACCACGUGAGGGGAAAAAACUGGAAGAAGAUACGGAAUAUUAACGUUUUUCCUAUGGUAAAACCGGUGCCCCUCUUCAGGAGAACUGAUUUCAAGUUAUUAUUAUGCAACCACAAGGGCCUCUUCUUUCUCAGGGUGUCUAAGCUGCUGGGUUGCUUUUCGCCCAAAUCAAUGUGGUUUCUUUGGAACAUUUUCAGCAAAGGAACGCAUAUGCUGCAGUGUCUUUGUGGCAAGAGUCUUAAGAAAAACAAGAACCCAACUGAUCCCCAGCUCAAGGGCAUAGUGACCAGGUUAUAUUGCAGGCAAGGCUACUACUUGCAGAUGCACCCCGAUGGAGCUCUCGAUGGAACCAAGGAUGACAGCACCAAUUCCACACUGUUCAACCUCAUCCCAGUGGGACUACGCGUUGUUGCCAUCCAGGGAGUGAAGACAGGAUUGUACAUAGCCAUGAAUGGAGAAGGUUACCUCUACCCAUCAGAACUUUUUACUCCUGAAUGCAAGUUUAAAGAAUCUGUUUUUGAAAACUACUAUGUAAUCUACUCAUCCAUGCUGUACAGGCAACAGGAGUCUGGCAGAGCCUGGUUCUUGGGAUUAAAUAAGGAAGGGCAAGCUAUGAAAGGAAACAGAGUAAAGAAAACCAAACCUGCAGCUCAUUUUCUACCCAAGCCAUUGGAAGUUGCCAUGUACCGAGAACCAUCUUUGCAUGAUGUUGGCGAAACAGUCCCGAAAGCUGGGGUGACGCCAAGCAAAAGUACAAGUGCAUCGGCAAUAAUGAAUGGAGGGAAACCAGUCAACAAGUGCAAGACCACAUAGCCAGAUCCUCAGGUGUCCUGACUUGCUUGUCCCGAGCACAGUGGAGUGAUUUAUCCUUACCAGACAUUCCUGCUCCUGUGGCUGAAGAGGCCCAGCAAGCAAGCUGCUGCUUGCUCUACGCUGUCUCAGACCUCCUUCAUUGCAAGUGGAUAAAUCUCAACCUGUGGUCUCCCCACACCAAGAAGACACCUGGACAAACCAGCUAAACUCAGACCAUGGAAUGCCCUACCAGAUAUGGAAUGCCUUUUUAAUAUCUUUUCUGUGACCGUGACACUUCAUGUGAAUGACGUCCUUCACGAGUACACUCAAUACCUUGCCUGCUGACAGCUUACCCAUAAUUCUUUCUGAGUCCUGUUUCAACGAAAUCCAUGUGUUUAAGUUAAUUUUGUAGCACACAGAUAAUAUUGAGUAAUUUCUAGUUAGACGCUGUAAACCUGUGCUAUCAUGGAUUUCUCUUCUUCCCUUUUUUACAGGGCUGCUCGCUCCACUGUCUGUGACCUUUAGCAGGGAUUGUGUUCCUCUAAAUCUUCAAUGUUGCAGUUGGUUUACUUGGAGAACGAUUAGGGAAUCAGGAAGCCUUCUAAACCUAUUACUACAAAUAAUAUCUAUAAAGAUUAAGAUUGUCGUCUUUGGCUCACAUUAUCGAUUAAACACACAUAUAUGCUUUGUCCAGUAGGAGACGCUGUGCUCCCUAGAUAGGCAUUGCUUGGGUGGAACAAAGGUCAAACACAAUCCACAGAAGCUCCUUAUGAUAGGUGUUUGGCAUUCCCUCUUAGUUUCUUUAUGUGUGUGUGUUUUAUACAUAUCACAAGCUUACUGGUAAUGGUAACAUUUGCCUUGCCCAGCGAGCAAGACCCACUUGUUUUUUGAGAAAGUGGGUCCAAAGAAUUCUGUAGGCCUUGUAGGCCUGAUUAAGGUUCAUUUUUUUUUCAUCUAUUAAUCCUCAUUAUUGGGAAAAAAAAAAAGAACAAAACCAAAUCAUUACAACCUAUAAGAAAUAUGCUACCUAAAUCCAUUCCCUACCCUCUCCUUCCUGUUUUAAUGAAGAUAACUUGAUGCCACCCCAACUUGGGCUGCAUCCCAGUCAUCCUCACCAGAGCAUGGACAAGGUGGCUGCUGUGUCCCUUCCUGCAGCAGCAAU